AUGGCGAACCUCGAAAGCAACGUGAAAGCCAUCAUCGCAAAACAGUUCAAAGUGCCCGUCGAUGAGCUGACCACCGACGCCGACCUUACGAAUGGCCUGGCCGUAGGCGGCCUUGGAAGGCCACAGAUAUUAACCGCCCUGCAAGAGAGGUUUGAUAUCUAUAUCACGGACGAGGAUACGGACGGAUUCACUACGAUCCAAGAUGUUAUUGACUACGUUGCGACAAGGCUGUGGUGGUACGCAAUUUAG